UUGGCAGGGUUCUAUCGCAGCUCCCUUUGUCUGUUUGCUCAGCUUUGCGUUAAGGAAAUCCAAAAUACCCAGGGUGUAGGAGCUCAGCUUCAACGCAAAAAACCCCCAAACCAAACAAGAAAACAAGGUGAGAAAACUACUUAGAAAAAUUAGAGGACGCUGAGGGCGAAUGGGGCGCAAGCGUAGUCACCAAAAAGCGAUUUUCAAAAUCCAGCAAUACUUCACAAUGCUUCUUUUCGUGACUGGAGCAAGUUACUUGAGCCAAGAGAUGACCAUGAUCAUUUGAACUCAAUCUUUCUUUGUAAUUUCAAGGCAAACGAAGCUGCCGCAUCUCUUUUCUGUCGAUGUUUUUGAACACAAAAGGACUCUCAAAAGUGGACCUGGAUUUUCUCCAUCAAGGACUGCCAGAACUGUUGUGGCCAAAAAAGUUUUUUGCCUUUUCAUUGAUCGAACUUUAAGUCGCAAUCAGUACAUCACUGGGAGUAGAUUUCGCCUUCAAAAGUUUUGUGAUUGUAAAAAUUGCUGACCGCAAUUACGCCGCCAGAGUCCGAAUGGAGAUAAGUGGCCACAAAAAUAAGUGUGAUGACAUCCACUUAACUGCCUCUGUUGUCAAUAAGUUGUCCUCUUUGUGAGAGGGCUUUACAGAAAAGCAACAGAAACUGGUUACUCAGGCCAAGUGCUCUUUGACCAAGCUUUAAUUUUCCAUCGUGUCUCGCAGUUGGACAAUCUGAAGAAAAUGUUAAGAUAUCUCGCCUUCAAAGGACUGAGAUUUUCCAGCGUUUGGAUUUGAGAUCUGAGGCCAAUGGAUCUAUAGUAGUCUAUGUGCGGGUGGCACUGAACUAGUGCAGUUGCCUCAAGCUGCCUACUCUCAGUUGAAAAUGGCUGGAGUUCUACAGGCCUGAGUGGUUUUCUGCUACUACAUAACGUUUUUUCAAGACAAUAAAUUCUCAGCUUCACAAUGGGAGUGUGGUACUGUGUAAGCCAAGCACGAUGUCAACGGCAACAGGACCGUACCGCCAUUCCCUGAGGGACUGCAGAUGGCUAUGUUUGGGAUGGGCUGUUUCUGGGGCGCAGAGAGACAAUUCUGGAAGCAGAAAGGUGUCUACUCCACCCAGGUGGGCUACGCUGGAGGCCUCACCCCCAACCCCACCUACGAAGAGACCUGCACAGGUAGGACAGGCCAUACUGAGGUGGUCCGGGUGGUCUGGGAGCCAGAAAAGACAAGCUUCUCCAAACUGCUGAAGGUGUUCUGGGAGAGCCACAACCCCACUCAAGGAAUGCGUCAGGGCAACGAUGUAGGAACGACCUAUCGAUCAGCCAUCUACACAUACACACAGGAGCAGCUUGAACAGGCUCUGGCCUCCAAAGAUGACUAUCAGAAGGUCCUGAUAGAGGGGGGCUUUGGAGAAAUCACCACAGAGAUAGCCGAGGCCUCUGAGUUCUACUAUGCUGAGGACUACCACCAGCAGUACCUCAGCAAGAACCCCCACGGAUACUGUGGCCUGAGCGGCACCGGAGUCUCCUGCCCAAUAGGACUCAAGAAAUAACCACCUCUGUCCAAUAGGGAAUGACCACCAACCUCUGAUUGUCUGGUUUUGACUAGGAAAUGUAAAUAGGCAUUUCCGCUUGCUCAUUGCAAGUCGCCUUAAUUAUGAUGCAGUACUAAAGCAUAUUCAGGGUUUUUAUAUCUAAGUCUUGACUUGUAUUCAUUUAAAUGGUUUGGUAUUGAAUUGUAUUAAUUUAAAUGGUUUGGUAUUGACUUGUAUUAAUUUAAAUCAAGCACUACAUACAUAAGAACUGUUUAAAUUAAUGCACAUUCAGUUUUUAGCGUACAUUGUGUCGUUUGAAUCAAAUCAACUGCAGUAUGUACAUCUGAUUUAACUCUAUGGUGUGUGUUGGUGGAUUAAAUGAUUAAACUGUGUGUUGAUGUGUA